AUGGAGGGAGGAAAGCAGUUGGUGCUCAGAGACAAGCAGCUGGGAGAGACACAGACAGAAAUACAACAGAGAAUCCAGGAGAGACUGAAAGAAAUUGAGGAGGUGAAACAGGCUGUGGAGUCACUGAAAAGAUCUGCAUGCAUAGAAAUAAAGGAAAGUGAGAAGAUCUUUACUGAGCUGAUCCGAUCCAUUGAGAAGAUCCACACUGAGGUUAUUGAGCUGAUUGGAGCUAACGAGAAGGCUGCAGUGAAUCAGGCUGAAGGACGCAUUAAGAAACUGGAGCAGGAGAUUGCUGAGCUAAGGAGGAGAAACGCUGAGCUGAAACAGCUUUCAGAGACAGAGGAUCACAUCCAUUUUCUACAGAAUUUCCAGUCUCUCUGUGCCCUUCCUGAAGCUCGAGACUCACCCAGCGUUACUGUCAAUACAGACAUCUCUUUUGGAGCUGUGAGGAAAGCUGUAUCUGAACUUAAAGACCAUAUUGAGGACUUCUGCAAAGGGGAAUUAGUCAAAAUAACCAAAACAGUGAAUGAAGUUGCAGUUUACAGUCUGCAGGCUCCAGAGCCAAGGAACAGAGCUGAGUUUUUAAAAUAUUCCUGUCAGCUCACACUGGACCCCAACACAGCGCAUAGAGAGCUCUGUCUGUCUGAAGGGAACAGAAAGGUGACACGGAGGAGAGAGACCCAGAGAUAUCCUGAUCACUCAGAGAGAUUUGAUAGCUGGCCCCAAGUGCUUUGCAGAGAGGGUUUGUCUGGGACUCGCUGUUACUGGGAGAUUGAGAGGAGUGGGAGAGUGGCUUCUAUAGGAGUCACAUAUAAAGGAAUCAGCAGGAAAGGAGGGGAUGAUUCCUGUCUCCUUGGAUACAAUGACAAGUCCUGGAGUUUGGAAUGCUCUGGUUCCAGAUACACUGCCCUGCACAAUAACAAUGGCACUGAAAUAACUGCCCCCCGCUCCCCCAGAAUAGGAGUGUAUCUGGACUUUAAUGCCGGCACGCUGUCCUUUUAUGGCGUCUCUGACACAAUGACCCUCCUGCACAGAUUCCAAACCACAUUCACUGAGCCGCUCUAUCCUGGGUUUUGGCUUCGUUAUGAUUCCUCUGUAACAAUCUGCCAGCUGAACUAGACUGUUUUGUGUUGUAAGAAACCCUUUGUAUUGAACUCCCUGUCUGUCCUCUCCACUCCUCGGGUGAAGGGAAUGUUCAAUCUGACACAACUUUGGAUGAAAGUUAGGGGGUAAAACGGCGCCACCUGCAGAGCGAAACGAGGUUAAUUAUUUGUUUUUAGCAAUGAAUGGAUUUCAUUUCUUUAAGAAUUGUUAUGUUUUAUAUAAAUUUUAGAAAAUGGCAUCCAAUAGUCAGUGCUGUAACAGUUUUAAAAAAAGUGAACUUAAGUUUGCUUUAUUGUGUGUGUGUUUUUGUUCUUUGAUUUCAAUAAAAUGUUUGUUCUGUUUAUUUUUUCAGAUUUUAGUAAUGUGAUUUAAUAAA